UCAUUAGCAAUGGUAUGCUGAUCCGCCGGGGGGCCGGACGGCGCAGACCCCCUCGGUCACCGGAUCGGCGGCAGCUGCUCGGCCCCCCGGUGCUAUUUUCACCCUCAGGAUAAAGUGAUGUGCAGCCGCCGCCCGCCCGCACGGCCCCAGCAGCUCCAGUCUCACCACAGCACAGCCAGGAUGAAGUCCACUGGCAGCGAGCGCAGCGCGCAGCCCGACGGCUUCACCUCAGACCUGGACGACCUGGACAGCGGCAGCGACAGCAGCGGCGGGAAGUCCACCGGGGACUGCAGCCCCCGCAGAGAGCCGGGGGAGGAGGCGGUGGGUGGAGGUGGAGGUGGAGGAGGAGGGGGUGGAGGUGGUUCCCGUGCCGGUGCGCCGAGACGCAGGAGACGGCGGAGACGCAGCAGCAGCGGCGGAGACGGUGGAUGUGGAGGUGGAGGAGGCGCGUGUCUCGCCGGUGUGAGUAAACAGAGGCAGGCGGCCAAUGCGCGGGAGCGGGACAGGACGCACAGCGUGAACACGGCCUUCACGGCGCUCCGCACGCUCAUCCCCACCGAGCCCGCCGACAGGAAGCUCUCCAAGAUCGAGACGCUGCGCCUGGCCUCCAGCUACAUCUCGCACCUGGCCAACGUGCUGCUGCUGGGGGACAACUGCCGGGACGGACAGCCCUGCCUCGGGUACCAGAGCAUCCUGCACGGCACCGCGGCGCUCAGCGCGCCCUCGCUGCGGCCCAUCUGCACCUUCUGCCUCAGCAACCAGAGGAAACUGCUCAGAGAUGGAGGGAAGCACUCAGCUGCAGUGUGAAGCGAAGCGGCUCCGGACAGACGGGGGGCGUCCACCAUGAUGUUGUUUACACGUACACCUGCAGGACUUUGUACAUACUCUAUACAUAUAUUUAUUUUUUGGAUUAGACUAGGAAAAACAAAAAGAUAGUAACACUGAAAAGCACUUUCUGUUCACACUGGUGCUUCUGGACGUCUGUGUUUUGGUUGAACUGUAACCUGAGCCGAUGUGUAAAGCUGCACCUGACGGGGGGCUAUUUUGGUCCCGCCAAUAGUACAAACUACUCCCCCUCCACCCCCGUGCCCCACUCCUAAAAAAAAAGCCUUGUCGCCUUCAGUCACAUGAAGGAAAGUGAAGAGCAGCUUCUGCAGCGGUUGCUGUCAGUUCAGUGGAGUUAAUGCUGCUUUCAGGUGCCGUCAGACACAUUGCGAUUAUUCGGGGGCACUUGAAAGGAUCAUUAACUGAGCUGUUGACUCUAGUGGUGAAUGUAGGAACUGCAACUACGCUGACAGAAGUGGGCUCCUCUACGUCCUGUAGCGUUUGCUUCACGCAUGUUUGAAACAUUACAAAUCAACGUCUCAGGAAUCAGAACAUUUUAAACAAGGGUUUGUUUCACCACUAGGGGGUGACAUAUGACACUUUGGGGCUUGGGGUCCUCCGACUGUGAAAUUUUGAGCGUCAGACACCGAAUUUCCUGGUGAAUUUUUUUUUUUUGCAUCAGUUUUUGCCUUUUCUGCGUCAAUUUAUUUAGUCAAAAUCAAAGUUCUCUGCUACUUCUAUAUUCUUAUUGUGGGGGGACAAAUGCACGUUCUAAAUUUUGAGGGAGAAAUGUCCCCCGCAUCCCCCAAAAUAUACGCCUAUGACUUUGUACCGUACCUUGCAAGUUUGCAGUUUGGGUGCAUUCUUAGGCUACCUUUGAUUUUACCCAAGUGGUCGCAGGAUUUUUCGUAAUGUAAUAACAAAUUUUUGUUUCUGUUGAGCUAACUCACACUGUUAUGUUGAAUUGGUUGUCUUUUUUGGGGCAUUCAAGGGUUACCUUGAAAUCAGGGUGAAUUUUAGACACCUGGUUGCAUGUAGAGUUCAUAAAAUGACUCACACUAGAUGCACAAAUUGACACGUAGUUCAGCAUUUUUCAACUCGAGCCAAAAACAUGAGCAUAUCUCAGGUGGUUGUAAAUCUAAAAAGACAGCAUAGUGUUUUGCUUGCUUUGACGAAAUCAGGGAAAUAAUGCUUGAUCAUAAAUGUUGCCCUGGUUGGUUUUUAUUUGUUGGCAAAACGCAUGUUUGGAAUCAGAGCCAUUUGACUGGAUUUCGACGACAUUAAUCAAGGCCUGAUAUUUCCUUCUUUUGACUAUUUUCUUUUCUAGAAAAGAUUGCUGCCUUGAUGCACUGGAGGAAAUCAGGCAUUUGGGAUUUCUAUAAUGGUGACUGAGGAAAGUUUUAACCUGAAGCGCUACCCUUUAAGGUGCGGCCACACCAAACCGACAUCAAAGAACUAGUGGCGACGAAAGCCAACUGUUGCAUCGUCUACGUCGCCUCACGUCGCCUCACGUCGCCCUGUGUCAGUUGCAUUUGAACACACUACACGGACUACGUCCGACAGCCAAGUAGCACGUACGUUCUGCGCCUGCGUGAGAGAGCGGAGUGAGAGAGUGGUACAUCCUGUCAGCCGAGGGGCUUCCUAUCUGUGCAGCCGAGCACCGCAGCACCUCCACGGACUAUUACAUCCAGACGGUCCCGGUGUUUCCUCCUCAGGCUCCACUUCACUCAGCUGCCGCACAGACCUGCUGCUUCAAGCAGCUGCUUCAAGCAGCAGGUCUGUGGGGCAGCUGGUUAGCCCCGGUUAGCCCCGGUUUCACUACAGGCAGAUUCACUCGCUACAGGGGCGAGGAAAUAAAACCUGAACAGCCAAUCAGAGUGAUCUCUCUCACCAACAAGCUCCGCCACCGAUUCAACAUGCUCAAUCGGCCGAAAAGCCGCAGAUGCCAAAGUGCCAAUGGUGCGGGACACACCGCAAAAAGUAGGCCGACAGACGCUCACCGACGGGUCAACGGCCGACCAUCGGCUUGGUGUGUCGGGGCUUGUCUCAAAAUUUUAAGAUGCAAUUGGAAAAUUAUCAAUCUGAAUGGGACACUACUUUAAAAGGUCCAGUGUGGAGGAUUCAAGGGGUAUAUUGGCAGAAAUGGAACAUUCACAACUAUGCUUUCAUUAGUUUGUGAUCAACUGAAACUAACUGCAUGAGCUGUUGAUAGCUACAAACGUAGCAGGCCUUCCGUGUUGUUUCUACAGUAGCCCAGAACGGACAAAUCAAACACUGACUCUAGAUAGGGCCAUUCGUGUUUUUGUAUCGGCAACUGGCAACGCUUGGCACACUGGAGAAGUUUCGGUUGGUUGCAAUCUGAAACUUCGACACUAGAUGUCACUAAAUCCGCCACACUAGAUCUUUAAUGUGUUCACAUUGGGGGCAAAUAGAACAAUUUGCGUGAGUUAAUCACAUGUAAAGUCAAUGGGAAGACGCAAUUAGAUGCGACUUUCUGUUGGGUGGUGAUGGACGUGACGUGAGUCGUGAAGCAAGUAGCGCGAUUUCACGUCGCGAGAGUUGAAAAAUCUGAACUUCGAAAACCAAUUCGUGAAUCCGGGGACGCAUGAUUCUGAGGACGUAUCAGCGGAAGUUCACUCAUGGAUUCAGCGAUUUCACAUGCAUAUGACGCGAGUCAACACAAAAUAUUCUAGCGUUCAAGCGCACUUGAUGUGAAUACAACGUAACUAUAACCCUUUGUCUGUCUUUGGGCCUGAAUCCAAACUGUUUCGAUGAAUUUACUUGCAGUGUGGUGAAAUGUUUACUUUUGCAUUGUUGCACAAUCUCUGUAUCACUUUAAAAAAAGCACAAAACUGCGACGUAUUGUGUGCACACGGCACACGCAGUGCAUUAGGCUACCUUCUGCACUAAUCUGGAGAACAUACAUAAUCUUUCUACAAUCAGCUGGAUCCCUUGAUAUUGACUAUACAGCACAUAUGGAUGAAAACGUUGCACACUACCUCAGACCUGUUUUCAAUAUGAAGGCCUACCUCUAAAUCGAAUGUGUAACAUGACUGUAGAAAAUGUACUUGAAUGCCUGACUAUUGUGUCCUUUGCACAUCGCAGAUAUUGAGAAGCUGCUUGAAGAGAAAUGUAUUUUUGUACAAUACAAAUAAAAGUGAGAGAAAAUCAAA